UCGUUAACAGCUUCGAUGACGGUUUUGGUUUCCCUGCCAAAGGCUUCCGAAUUUGAAAAGCAACUGAUAUAACCUAUUUUCCACCAACGAAACAGAUGGAAAAACCAUUUUAUUUGGUGGUUUCAGGCUUUUUUUUUUUCAGGACUUAUGUCUUCCCUAGACUAGUGACGGGCCAAUCUCAUGGAACAUAUCUCUGCAAAAUACAUUGUGGAAAACAUAGCUACAAGUUUCAUGUCAAUGGACAUCAAAGUAGAAAACGAGCAACCCCUUCUGGAAAAUGAGGAAGCAGGAGAGAGGGUCCGAGAAGAGCAGCCAACCAUUCCGGAAAAUGCAACAUCAGCACCCCAGAAGCAACCAAAAACCAGAAAACAAAAAGUCAUGAGAAAAACCUUCAAAGGAACAGCCGUCUUGUCCAAGCUUCUCCCUACAGGUUCAGCUCUCACGUUCCAGCUACUGUCCCCAGCCUUAACAAACCAAGGCCAAUGCAAAACCGAGGUGAGCCAAUACUUGACGCUAGGCCUUGUGGGGUUUUGCGCUGUCUUGUGUUUCUUUCUUUCUUUCACGGAUAGUUUCAGAGAUGAAAGAGGGAAGGUUCGGUACGGGGUGGCUACAUUCAAAGGGUUAUGGGUGAUGGAUGGUCCAGUGAAACUUUCAGCGGAGGAGGCGGACAAGUAUAGGCUCAAGUUCAUUGAUUUUUUCCAUGCCCUGGUGUCCAUAAUGAUUUUUACAUCGCUUGCUCUGUUUGAUCAAAAUGUUGUCAAGUGCUUUUAUCCAACGCCAUCAGAGGAGACCAAAGAGCUGCUAACGGUAUUGCCCGCCAGCAUUGGAGCCAUUGGCAGCGUUUUGUUUGUUUCAUUCCCUACCAAGCGCAAUGGAAUUGGAAACCCUCUCUCCAAAAAUUAGGCCCUCAUCUUCCUAUAAGUCGAUCUGUUGUCGUAAUAUUUCCAAGAUGCACAAGGUCCACAAGGAUGUGAGCAAUUUUUUCUGUUUGCUCUGCAAACGCCAGGCAUUUCUCUGUUUCCAAUUCUCCACCUGCCGUCCAAGUCUGUAAUUCCAUUGUAGAAUGGUUGGGCGGUGAUUAUUUAAGCAUUCAAGCUCGUCAAUUAGCAAUCUAAAUUCGCGUCUCUUAUUGUCUCAGAUUAAGAUACAAUCAAGUCCUUUUGUCAUCAAUUCUUUAUGAUCUUGACAAAAUAUGAUGCCCUAAAACGUGGUCUGUUCAAGGAGAAACAAAUCAAUAGUAUCAUCAUAUAAUGACGAGGGGGUGGUUAAAGAAUCUGAAUCAAUAUUAUUGUCUAUACCUUGAUAUACAUCAGGACCUUGUCCACGCCCCUUGAA